AUGAAUGCUCCGAACAUCGACUUGACAGUCAUCAUAAUUGUCUUCCUCACUGGAUCACUUUCUCUUGUCACUGUUGUUGGUAACAUCCUAGUUUUGGUGUCAUUCAAAAUCAAUAAGGCACUGAAGACAGUGAACAACUAUUACCUUCUAAGCCUAGCAUUUGCUGAUCUGACCAUUGGCACCCUGUCAAUGAACCUGUACACAACCUACAUCAUCAUGGACCAGUGGGCUCUGGGGCCAGUGGUCUGUGACUUGUGGCUUGCAAUAGACUACGUGGCCAGUAACGCCUCAGUCAUGAACCUACUUGUGAUCAGCUUUGACAGGUAUUUCUCUGUGACCAGACCAUUGACCUAUCGGGCCAAGCGUACAACCAAGCGGGCCAUGACCAUGAUUGGAUUAGCCUGGUCCAUCUCUUUCAUUCUCUGGGCCCCAGCCAUCUUGUUCUGGCAGUACAUUGUGGGUGAGCGGACAGUCCAGCCUAACGAGUGCUACAUCCAGUUCCUGUCUGAGCCCAUCAUUACAUUCUGCACUGCUAUUGCUGCAUUCUACUUGCCAGUAACUAUUAUGGCAAUCCUGUUUUGGAAGAUCUAUCAGGAGACAGAGAAGCGUGCUAAAGAUGUACAAGGUCUCAAAGGAUCUGGGUCAGGCAAUAGCAAAACCCAGGCUCAGAAUCAAGUGGGUGGUCACGAAAGAUCUGCUGGAGAAGGUGCAACUAGAAGCCAGAAAGAUUCGUCAGCCAUGGUACGCCAAAUUAGCUCUCAGAGCUGCAGUAGCUAUGAACUAAAUCAGCAAGCUUCAGAGAAGAACAACAAGGACAAUGCCAGCAUGCCAGGGGAAAUGGCAAGCAGAGGGAAGUGUGGUGCUUACUGCUUCCAUUUUUCAUCACUGCUGCCUGGUCGCCAUGCAUCCAAAAGGUCCAUCAACACCACAACAACGACAGUGGGUGAGGCAGAACAGAGCAGUUGUGACAGCUUUAACAACAAUGAAGUUGGUGUAUCUGGGGACCAGUCAGGCUCAGAGGAGGAAGCUGACAAUGCAGGUCCAUCAAGGCCAACAGAUCACAAGAACUCUAGAAAGGCAAAGAAGAAUGAGGAUGAACGACCAUCUUCAUCCAACAAAAGUCAGAAAGGGUCACAAUCAAACCCUGUCACCCCAUCAACCACGGACCAGUCACCUGCAGCCAUCACCAUGAAAGAUGCAGCAAUGGCUAAACGCUUUGCAUCGAAGGCCAAGUCAGAGAUCAAUAAGCGUAAGAAUGAAAAAAAGGCAAAUGAGAAGAAAGCAGCACGGACGCUCAGCGCUAUUCUGUUUGCCUUCAUUACAACAUGGUUACCAUACAAUAUCAUGGUGUUGGUUAACACUUUCUGUGAGGACUGCAUUCCAGAAACCCUAUGGGCACUGGGCUACUGGUUGUGUUAUGUUAACAGCACAGUCAACCCCAUGUGCUAUGCCCUGUGUAACAAGACCUUCCGGACAACUUUCAGGGAUAUUCUGAUGUGCCAGUGGAAUCAAAGGAAGAACAAACCUCAUUUCCAUCAAAAGAAGGCUGUGGCUUUCAGAAAAAAAGAUCAAAUUUAGAGUGAAAAAUUAACCACAAAUUUCAGGCAAAAGACCUGAGUUGAAUUUGCUAACCACUUUUACCAAGCUAAAGCCAAAGUCUGGUUUGUUUGUAUAUCCAUGAUAUCUAUGAUAUCUUGACAGCUACUGGUGAUAUAUGGUGACGUGCAUUUAGAUGCCAGUUUAUUUGGUGCAUGUAGCUUAUUUGUUAAAACUGCUUUAGAGAGAUCUCCAUUCAUCUUUAUGACCAUUUUGGAGGUUGUAGUUUGUGUUUCUCUUGACCUGUAUUGCAUGCUUUUAAAAGAUUUUUAUAAUAUUUACUCAACCUUCACUGA